CAGCACUAGCCCAAAGUGCACGCUGUUUUGUUUAGUUUCGUUUUAAAUUAAAUUUAAAUAUUAAUUAAGCCGAAUGGUGGAGCUGAAGAUGGAGGAUCACAAUGUGAAUGCCACCGCCUGGGAACCCGGUGACAGCAAGGACUGGUCAAUGCCCAUUAAGCCGCUGUCGGAGAAGUGGAAACUGGUGCCGGCAUUUCUGCAAGUGAAGGGACUUGUGAAGCAGCACAUCGACUCCUUCAAUCACUUCAUCAACGUUGACAUCAAGAAGAUUGUGAAGGCCAACGAGUUGGUGACAAGUGGAGCCGAUCCCCUGUUCUAUCUGAAGUACCUGGACGUUCGGGUGGGCAAACCUGACAUCGAUGAGGGCUUCAAUAUAACCAAGGCAACCACUCCCCACGAAUGUCGCCUGAGGGACACCACCUACUCCGCUCCCAUCACCGUGGACAUCGAGUACACGCGUGGCACCCAGCGAAUCAAGCGGAACAACCUGCUCAUUGGCAGGAUGCCCCUCAUGUUGCGCUGCUCCAAUUGCGCGCUUACCGGCAAAUCUGAAUUCGAGUUGUCAAAACUCAACGAGUGCCCUCUGGAUCCUGGUGGCUACUUUGUGGUCCGCGGCCAAGAGAAGGUCAUCCUCAUUCAGGAGCAGUUGUCGUGGAACAAGAUGCUUACAGAGGAUUUUAAUGGAGUGGUACAGUGCCAGGUGACCUCCUCCACGCAUGAGAAGAAGUCCCGCACAUUGGUUUUGAGCAAACAUGGAAAGUACUACUUAAAGCACAAUUCCAUGACGGACGACAUACCCAUUGUGGUGAUCUUCAAAGCCCUGGGAGUGGUUUCUGAUCAGGAGAUUCAGUCACUAAUCGGCAUCGACACCAAGUCGCAAAAUAGGUUCGGUGCAUCCUUGUUGGAUGCGUAUAACUUGAAGGUCUACACUCAGCAAAGAGCUUUGGAGUACAUGGGCUCCAAGUUGGUAGUGAAACGCUUUCAGAGUGCCACCACGAAAACUCCUUCAGAGGAAGCACGCGAACUACUCUUGACAACCAUCCUGGCUCACGUGCCCGUCGACAACUUCAACUUCCAAAUGAAGGCCAUCUACGUGUCCAUGAUGGUGCGCCGUGUCAUGGCCGCCGAGCUGGACAAAACGCUCUUUGACGAUCGAGAUUACUAUGGCAACAAGCGACUGGAGCUGGCUGGCUCCCUGCUCUCCAUGAUGUUCGAGGAUCUGUUCAAGCGCAUGAACUGGGAGCUGAAAACCAUAGCGGACAAGAACAUACCCAAAGUGAAGGCAGCGCAGUUCGAUGUGGUUAAGCACAUGAGGGCGGCACAAAUCACCGCUGGAUUGGAAUCUGCUAUAAGUUCUGGAAACUGGACCAUCAAGCGAUUUAAAAUGGAACGAGCUGGUGUCACCCAGGUGCUGUCCCGCCUGAGUUACAUAUCCGCUCUGGGAAUGAUGACGCGUGUGAACUCGCAGUUUGAGAAGACUCGUAAAGUGUCCGGUCCGCGAUCCCUGCAGCCAAGUCAGUGGGGCAUGCUGUGUCCAUCUGACACUCCUGAGGGUGAAGCUUGUGGUCUGGUCAAAAAUCUUGCCUUGAUGACGCACAUUACCACCGAGGUGGAGGAGCGACCGGUGAUGAUUGUGGCCUUUAACGCUGGCGUCGAGGAUAUUCGGGAAGUGAGCGGCAAUCCCAUCAACAAUCCGAACGUCUUUCUGGUCUUCAUCAAUGGUAAUGUCCUGGGACUCACCCUGAACCACAAGCACCUGGUGCGGAACCUCCGCUACAUGCGCAGGAAGGGUCGAAUGGGCAGCUAUGUCUCGGUGCACACUUCCUACACCCAGCGAUGCAUCUACAUCCACACGGACGGUGGUCGUUUGUGCCGCCCCUACGUCAUCGUGGAGAAUCGCCGACCGCUGGUAAAGCAACAUCAUCUGGACGAGCUGAACCGUGGAAUUCGCAAGUUCGACGACUUUCUCUUGGAUGGACUAAUCGAGUAUCUAGAUGUGAACGAAGAGAACGAUUCGUUUAUUGCCUGGAACGAAGAUCAAAUUGAGGAGCGCACCACCCACCUCGAAAUCGAACCGUUUACCUUGCUAGGAGUUUGUGCGGGCUUGGUGCCCUAUCCGCAUCACAACCAGAGUCCCAGGAACACCUAUCAGUGCGCUAUGGGUAAGCAGGCCAUGGGAAUGAUUGGCUACAACCAGAAGAACCGCAUUGACUCGCUGAUGUACAAUCUGGUGUAUCCACACGCGCCAAUGGUGAAGUCAAAGACCAUUGAGCUGACCAACUUUGACAAGCUGCCAGCUGGUCAGAAUGCCACGGUGGCUGUGAUGAGUUACUCUGGUUACGAUAUCGAAGAUGCCCUUAUCCUGAACAAGGCUUCAAUAGAUCGCGGCUAUGGACGCUGCCUGGUCUACAAGAACUCCAAAUGCACAGUUAAGCGUUAUGCGAAUCAGACCUUCGACAGAAUCAUGGGACCCGUAAAGGAUGCUCUUACCAACAAGGUGAUCUUUAAGCACGACGUCCUGGACACCGAUGGCAUUGUGGCUCCUGGCGAGCAGGUUCAGAACAAGCAGAUCAUGAUCAACAAGGAGAUGCCGGCGGUGACCUCGAUGAACCCCCUGCAGGGUCAAUCUCCGCAAGUUCCGUACACCGCAGUGCCCAUCAGCUACAAAGGACCCGAGCCCAGUUACAUAGAGCGCGUUAUGGUCUCCGCCAAUGCGGAAGAGGACUUUCUCAUCAAGAUCCUGCUGCGCCAGACUCGCAUUCCCGAGAUCGGGGACAAGUUCAGCUCGCGGCACGGACAAAAAGGUGUGACUGGAUUGAUUGUCGAACAGGAGGACAUGCCGUUCAAUGACUUUGGCAUCUGCCCGGAUAUGAUUAUGAACCCCCAUGGUUUCCCCUCCCGGAUGACGGUGGGCAAAACCCUGGAGCUGCUGGGCGGCAAGGCUGGUCUCUUGGAGGGCAAGUUUCACUACGGAACUGCUUUCGGGGGCUCCAAAGUGGAGGACAUCCAGGCGGAGCUGGAGCGCCAUGGAUUCAACUAUGUGGGCAAGGACUUUUUCUACUCGGGCAUCACUGGAACUCCUUUGGAGGCGUACAUCUACUCGGGACCCGUGUACUACCAGAAACUGAAGCACAUGGUGCAGGACAAGAUGCACGCCAGAGCGCGAGGACCCAAGGCGGUGCUCACCCGUCAGCCGACGCAGGGCAGGAGUCGCGAGGGAGGCCUUCGUCUGGGUGAAAUGGAGCGGGAUUGCCUCAUUUCCUACGGAGCCAGUAUGUUAAUCAUGGAGCGUCUGAUGAUCUCGUCGGAUGCCUUUGAGGUGGAUGUCUGCAGGACCUGCGGAAGGUUGGCCUACUGCUCCUGGUGCCACUUCUGCCAGUCGUCGGCUCAUGUCUCCAAGAUAUCCAUGCCGUAUGCCUGCAAGCUGCUCUUCCAGGAGUUGACCAGCAUGAAUGUGGUGCCCAAGAUGAUUUUAGAGAACUAUUAACGAGAUUGAUUCGAUUGAAGAGAAAUAAAAUAUUUUUAAAUAUGUAGUUCUUUUCUGUAAAUCGAUUAAAAUUGUUUAUUUAGCUUA